AUGAAUUCCCAACUCGUUCUUGCCCUUUUGCUGUGCUUCAUCGCAACAUCAGUUGCACAGAAAGCCAAAGGAUCGCCGGAAGUACUUCCAGCUGCCAUGUACGAUGGAGACGCAAGUCACGAGAGCUUGAACAAGAUCAGCACUCAACUCCUGAACGCUCUGGCUGAGUUGGAGGCUCUACAGGAGGGUAGCCAACAGCUCAAGAUGGCGGAGAAGCGACGCAACAAGUUCGAGUUCAUUCGAUUCGGAAGAAAAUAG